GUCGUUGAUAAAUCUCGGUAGUCCUGCCGGGAGGAACAUUCACGCGUCAGUCAAUUUGAGUAUCCGAGUCGGUUUACACAUUUCAGUCAGUUUGAAGAUCUCGUAGGAGACCGGGGCAUAUUAGCAAAAAGGCGAACAACAAACGGUUCGAAGAUGUCUUUCGAAAUGAUGACCGCUCCACCCGGGCCAGAGGCUAGAGCACUGGCCGUGAAAGAACUGAGAGAGACCGAGGAGAAUGUGAAAAAAGGUAUCGAGACCUUAAGGAAGCUAGUCGAAGAGGACAAAACGCUUUACUUUUGCACCGAUGAUAAUUUUCUUCUCAUUUUUUUGCGACCAUGCAAAUUUUAUCCGGAGAGCGCGCUGGAGCUUAUGAAGCGCAUUGCGGACUUUAAGGAAAAGAACUCGAUCCUGCUGCAGGAUUUGAUGCCGAGCGAUGAGAAAGAGGCUCUCACGCAGCACAAUAUCGUUAAUGUAUUGAAAACGAGAGAUCAUAAAAACCGUAGAGUGCUGUUCAUGAACUGCGGCAAAAAGUGGGAUCCAUCAAAAGUCACGAGCGACCAGAUUUUCCGAAUGCUUUAUCUUAUUCAUGAAAUGGCCAUACAGGAACCGGAAACGCAGAUAUUCGGUUCCGUCGUCAUAAUGGACUUUGAUGGACUUUCAAUGAAACAAGUUAUGGGGCUAACACCUGCUUUUAGCAUGCGCCUCCUGAGUUUCAUACAAGAUGCAAUGCCACUGCGCUUGAAGGAGGUACAUGUCGUAAAACAACCAUUUUUGUUUAAUAUGGUCUGGCAAAUGUUCAAGCCAUUCGUCAAGGAAAAGUUGAAGAAGCGUAUGUUUUUCCACGGUACCAAGAUGUCUUCCCUUCACUCUCACAUUCCGCCAAGUCAUUUGCCGAAAAAUUACGACGGUCAGCUGCCAGAAAUAGAUUAUGGCAGUGUCGAUUGGUAUCCAACAUUAAUCUCUAACGAGGAGAAAAUCAAAGAGUGGAACUCGUACGGACGCCGCAAGAAUUAAUAAACCAAAUGUUCACCGAAUAGUCGUCCUGGUAGAAUAACGUUAUUAAAUAUUUUUUAUAAUGCAAUAGACUUUAGAAAAAAAAUAUAAAUAAAUAUAUGAAUUAAAUAAACCAUAAAAAAUCAAUAUCUAAUAAAGGACAUUUUUGUUAAACAUCCAAAAAAUGUAAAAUUACAAAAAACAGAUUUGUUUCAUUUAUCGCGAUUUUUUCAUACAAAGUAUUAAUUAAUUAGCGUUGCUAAUGAAUUAUUGAGAUGAACCGUCUCACACUGUAAUUUCAUCUCUUUUGGAUCGAAUCUAUUUUUCUACACGUAUAUAUUUUACACAUGCCCAAUCUUUUUUGAACAAAAUUGUAUCGCGUAUUCAUAUAGUACGACAAUUAUAUUAAUUGUAAAAAGAAUCGCAAGGAUUAAUAAACUACAGUGUAAUAGGUAA